GAUUCUCUUAUGUGUUCUUUUUUUUUUUGUUUUUUAAUUCAGUUUCGGUAGUAGUUGACUAGUGCCGACCUUAUCUGGCGGCAACACUUUGUCGGUUUGUCCCUUUCUGAUUUGUAAUCUUGCAGUUGAAAUAUUGAGUAAUAGAAAUGUGGAUUUGUUUGAUUGAUAAUUGUAUUUUUUUUAUCAUGAUUUAAAAGAGUUACCAACUCAUUGUUCCAAAUAAACUUGAGAGCUUAUACAAAUCUGAUUCCAGAUUCUGGUUUUUCUAGUGUUGUAACGUCAGUUAUGUGAAAAAAAAUUGAUUUGUUAGAUGGUUCAUACUAAACGGAUUUGUAGUUUGCUAGCUACGAUAUUUGAAAUCAUUUCUUUGGUUUAGCUAUAUUUACUUGUUUGCAUUUUGGGGGAGCUAAAAGCUGUGAGGAUCUAGAACGAGGAUGCGGAGGUGGAUCUGUUGUGGGGAUAAGAAUGGAGAAUCAGAUUUAGCAAAUGAGGAGGUACAUCUGAAAACUCCAUGGCAGCAAUCUGAAGCAAAUCAGAAGAAUCAAAAACCGCAAGCUGUUGCAAAGCCUGAGACCCAGAAGGAAGCUCUUCCCAUUGAAGUUCCUCCUUUGUCUGUGGAUGAAGUCAAAGAAAAGACAGACAAUUUUGGUUCAAAGUCACUGAUUGGUGAGGGAUCUUAUGGAAGGGUGUACUAUGCAACUCUAAAUGAUGGGAAAGCAGUUGCUUUGAAGAAACUCGAUGUUGCAGCUGAAGCUGAAACAAACGCUGAGUUCUUGAGUCAGGUUUCCAUGGUUUCAAGGCUACAGCAUGAGAAUCUCAUUCAACUGGUCGGUUAUUGUGUUGAUGAAAACCUCCGUGUUCUUGCUUAUGAGUUUGCAACAAUGGGAUCACUGCAUGACAUUCUACAUGGUAGGAAGGGAGUUCAAGGUGCACAGCCAGGUCCAACUCUUGACUGGUUAACGAGGGUGAAGAUAGCGGUUGAGGCAGCUAGGGGUUUAGAAUACCUUCAUGAGAAAGUUCAGCCUCCUGUAAUACAUAGAGACAUAAGAUCUAGCAAUGUACUUCUUUUUGAGGACUAUCAAGCAAAGAUUGCUGAUUUUAAUCUCUCCAAUCAAGCUCCUGAUAAUGCUGCUCGUCUUCACUCUACAAGAGUCUUGGGCACCUUUGGUUAUCAUGCUCCAGAAUAUGCUAUGACUGGGCAGUUGACACAAAAGAGUGAUGUGUAUAGCUUUGGGGUUGUACUUCUAGAGCUUUUGACUGGGAGGAAACCUGUAGACCAUACUAUGCCACGUGGCCAACAAAGCCUUGUAACCUGGGCUACACCGAGACUCAGCGAAGAUAAAGUGAAGCAGUGUGUUGAUCCAAAGCUAAAAGGAGAAUAUCCUCCUAAAUCAGUAGCUAAGCUAGCAGCGGUGGCAGCAUUGUGUGUGCAAUACGAAUCAGAGUUUAGACCGAAUAUGAGUAUAGUUGUGAAAGCUUUGCAGCCACUUCUCAAACCUCCAGCGCCAGUCCCAGUACCUGAAUCAUGAGUAUAUGCGCCUUAUAAAUACAUACCCCCGGUGUCUUCUUCUUGAGUUAGAUUAUUUGUUCAUACAAAGUGAGAACCUUACAGUGAUUUGGGAGAGAACAUAAAAGUAUAAUAAAAUCAUAACUAUGUUGUUUUUCUGAGUUCAUUUUGGUGUGAAAGAAAAGUACUUCAUAUUUUGCAUAUUUUGUUUUAUGUUCUGUAUUGGAAACAGGCUUUGCUUGAUUGGCGUGGAGACAAAGAUGUAUUGCAUUUUGUGUUCUUUCUUUUUUGCUUUGUUGAAAAAAAUAGAAUCAUCUGAGUAUU